GGAAGGCGGGCCGGACUUCUGCCAGCCUCAGGAUGGCCUUGGCCGUCCGUGCUUCAGCUGUGGGGCUGAGAGCUUAAAAGUUUCCCGGGGGAAGGCCAGGGGCAAGGUUUCCCCUGUCCCAAGCAGAUCUGGAUGGGGGGACCUUGUCAUUAUGGAGGGGGUACUAUACAAAUGGACCAACUAUCUAAGCGGCUGGCAACCUCGGUGGUUCCUUCUUGCAGGAGGUGUGUUAUCCUAUUAUGACUCACGGGAAGAUGCUUGGAAAGGCUGUAAGGGGAGCAUUCAGAUGGCAGUUUGUGAAAUUCAAGUUCAUUCUACAGAUAAUACACGCAUGGAUUUGUUGAUUCCUGGAGAACAGUACUUUUAUCUCAAAGCUAAAGAUACAGCUGAAAGACAAAAAUGGUUGGUUGCCCUGGGAACUGCCAAGGCUUGUUUGACAGAUAUUCGGACAUUAAAAGAAAAAGAAUUUACAGAAAACACUGAAAUAUUGAAAACAAAAAUGGCAGAACUUAGAUUAUAUUGUGACCUCCUGGUUCAGCAAGUGGAAAAAAUUAAAGCAACUACUACAACUUCACAUGUUCAGCAUGGAAUUAAUAUGGGCGCACUAUUGAACUCCAGCUGUGCCACAUUCCUGAAGACUCUUGAAGAAUGUAUGCAGAUUGCAAAUGCUGCCUUUUCUUCUGAAUUUCUUCAACAUACUCCAGGAGAAACUUCAUAUGCAGUUAUUCGCAAAUUAAACAAGCUGAAACUUCCGGCCAUACUUAGCCGCAAUGUAACAGAAAGGAAGAUGCAACUAAAGAAAUGUGAAAAUGGGUCUAUUUAUAAAAAUACUACCCUUUGUGAAAAAACUUUUAUUGAAAAAUCAUCCCCUGUACCCCUAAAGAGAAGCGAAACGAAAGGUAGCCCCAGUAAAGAUGGAGAAAACAAGCUGCUACCAGAAGGGAACAUUCAAGAGGACAAAUCUUUAGAGCUUUUAGAAGAAUCUGUAAACAGAUCAGCAGACACUGAUUUUCCUACGUUCUUCAGUGUUAUGAACUAUAGAUUUAGUGAUAUCAAGCUUUUUGAGGAUGGAGGAAUACCAACAGAAGAAUUUCUCAAUUCUUGUUAUGAAAUAGUUCCAGUCUUGGACAAACUUGGACCCACAGUCUUUGCCCCUGUUAAGAUGGAUUUUGAAGGAAAUAUAAAGAAAAUAAAUCAGAAAUAUAUAACCAAUAAAGAGCAUUUCUGUACCCUUCAAAAAAUUGUCCUUCAUGAGUUGAGCACUGAAGUGGCCCAAGUUCGACACUCUGCUACACAGGCCCUCCUCUGGCUUAAAAGAGGUUUAAAAUUUUUGAAGGAGUUCUUGACAGAACUAAAGAAUGGAGAGAAAAACAUCCAAACAGCACUGAACAAAUCUUAUGGCAAAACAUUACGACAGUAUCAUGGCUGGGUUGUUCGAGGAGUUUUUGCACUAGCUCUAAGAGCAUCUCCCACCUAUGAAGGCUUUGUGGCUGCAUUGUCGCUUGCAGAAUGUGAAAAUCAAGAAGCUUUUCAUCAUGGAAUGCAGCGAGACCUUAAUGUUUACCUACCAGCCAUGGAAAAGCAGCUCAACAUCUUAGAUGCAUUGUACGAAGAACAUGGACUGGAGUCAGAUGAAGUGGUCUGAUCUUAGUCCAACAUUGCUUUGCAUAUUCAGGGAUUCUGUCCAUCAGUGUACUAUGUUGCUCUUUUCCUCAGAAAGCUGUAUCUGUUUUUGUUUUUUUCCAUACAUGGGAAAGAAUUCCAUGGUUCUUCCUUUUUUUAAUAUACAGUUUAAAAAAAUACUUGUUUUGUGUUUUAAAUGCAAAGUUGCUGUAUAAUCUAGCUGGGUUCCGCCUAUCUUUAUGGCAAGGUCUUUAGAAUAGAUAUAUUGCUUAUUUGCUGAGUAACAGGCCGAAUAUCACAGUGGUUCCAAUCUGAAGAGGUUAGUACCAUUUAGUUGGACAUUUAGAACUUGCUGGAGCAUUUAUUCCAAUACAGUGACUGCAACUAUAAAAUUCAGCCAGGAUAUCCAAGCUACACAUCCCAUUCAAAUUAGAGUCUGUCUUGUAAAGGACUUGUAUCACAACUACAUUUGUUGUUCUCCCUUCCUUUGCCAAGUUCAUCAUUGAAUUUUGAAACAAUUGGCUGUAUCUAUUAAGAGAGCUGUAGCAAUGAACCAACUCCAUUCUACUUACAGGGAUUAUACAUCACCUCUUAAUGGCAUUAACUUCUAUCCUGCAGCAGUAUUUUAAUGCUAUCCCAGGAACACCAGGGAAAAAAGGGGGCCAAUUCUGAUACUCUGCCCUGUGUCAUAAUUGGGUCUAGUCCUUUUCAGUGCUAAUAAUCAAGUGCCAUUGAAUUGUAUGACUGGAAGUAUAUACCUAACAUCAUAUAGUGCAGAAGUGCUUUAAGUCUCAAACUGAUACAUUUGGUUUGGGCUGUACUCUGAAAUCCUUAUCAUUGCUAUUUCCACACUUUUCAUGUUAGAAGCCUACAUUUUAUGGUUUGUCUAGCACUAUCCGAUCUGGCUAAAUUUAGAACAGAAUGAGAUUAAUGGGUUGAUAAUAGUGGGAAACCUUUAACGUUCUGUAUAGGCUGCUGGGCCAUCUAUAUGAAUGUACUUAAAGCAAACUUACAGCAUUCUGGCAUUUUUAGAAUGUAAAUUAUUAGGAGCUAUUUAUUAGAAAUUAAAAAAAACUCUUGAAGUUCUAGGAUUAGAAACUAAACUUGGUAUCUGGAUGUAGCUACCUGAUGAUCUACUUGGAUAAAAAAUUGCUAGUCUAUAAAAUUUGGAACAUUCUAUAAUUAACUAGACACAAAUGCUAUCAUUUAUAUGUACCUGCAAUUUUCUACAAUAGAAUUAUUGUAUAAAAUUGUAUUUUGCCAUCUUAAUCAAAUGCAAUGACUGGAUAACUCAGGAAAUCCAGAAACUUUUUGUAUUAUUUCUCUUUUUUAAGCAUUUAUAUUUUGCUUUUAUAUUCAGUAUACAAAGUAGAGAGUUUGGAAUUCAUUAUAGAAACACUUAGCCAAUGGUCUUAUCAUGUUAUUUUGUGAACAGUUGGUACAUGAAAUAUGUUUUUUUCCUUCACACAUUUAAAAACCCAUGCUCUCUUAGAAAUACUUUUUUUAAGUUAUAAGGUCAUGUUAAAAAAGGAAAGCUGAUUUUCCUGUAUCGAAUGUACAAUACUGCGAUUAGAAUUUUGAGGCACUUUUAUAAACAUACUUUUGUUAAUAUUCUAACUUGGAGAAAUUUCCCGCUUGUAAAUUUUUCUACAAUUUUUUUUUUGUUUCAGGAGAGGAAAAAAACAAAAAAUAUGAAAAUAUUUUCCAAUUUUUGUAUUAUAGAUGAUUAGCAGCAUUUCAAGCUGAGGCUUGGGAAUAUCUUUUAAUUUCCUUUCUUUUACUCACCAAGUAAACUCCAAAGGGAAGAACUGACCAAUUUCUUCCUUUACUUCACUAUUUUCAACCAAACUAAGUAAGCAAAUCAAUAGUAUAACUGGGUGGAGCUUGAAGGUGGACAAAAAAGACUAAUAUUGAGUCCUUAACUUUUAGUGGCCAGAAUAGGUAUCUGAAAAUAGCUUUCUUUAUCUCCCUUUCAGCUUGCUUUCCCCUGCCACCUGCCACCACCCAGCUUUGGGGCAUGAGAGGGAAUUAACUACCCUAGCUUAGGGAUUGUCUUAAUAAGGACUUUGGAGUGGGGGGAAUUCAUUGGAUUUUCAGCACACCUCCAGCAUCCCAUAUUGUCUUCUUCUUCUGUAAGAGCACCACUAAUGGGAGAUCUACACGUUUUCUGCAGACACCUUGGAGCAAAACUGGCUUGUGGAAUCCAUCAGCAUAAAGUGCCAUCCUACCAGUGGGAUUUUCUCAUGUCUAUUAGAAUGGCCUCUGGACUAUUUUGAGGCUUUCUCAUUUAAGACAACACCAAAGCAUAUCUAUGCAGAAUUUAGAGUAAUGAUUACCUGAUCAGGCAAUGUGUUGUCCUCUACGUGCUUUACUCAUUUUGUUACCCAUCAUGCUAGCCUGCUUUACAGGUUGACAGUGAUGACAGUGAAUGUAAUUUGAGCUGUAAACUAUGCACACUUCUGAUUGUUGACUAAGAUCAGCCUGCAGUUCUAAUUAUGUAUCAUGUUUUGCCGUUGUUUUGUAUAAGACAUUUUAUUGUUGGUUUUUUUACCCUAAUCAUUCUUUCACAUUCUCUUAAUUAGAUGAUUUUCUUACGAUGAAGGGUUGCAUAAUUUAUUAUGGAAACCUUGCUUUUCCAAGGAUUAUGAAAAAUUUUUCAGUUACCCCACAAUAAUAUGCAUGAUGUAAAGUUAUAAUUUUUUAUAUUAUAGUAUGUUGCCAUUUCUAAGACAUCAUGCUUUUGUCAACCAAAUUAAGUGAUAGUAAUUGAUAAGUUAUACCGUAUAUUAUGUGGAUUGUGAUGAAAAAUGCCUUUUUUUUAAUUGAAAAAAAUGGAAAAACAAGGAUGCAGUUUUCCACCAAAUAAUAUAGAAACGUAAGUAAAUUUGUAAAUACCUCUAAACAUGGAUGUGAUUUGCUUUACUUCAAUGAAAUGAAUGUUAGCCCUGUUGGUUUAAAUCAGUUAAUACUUUGUUAAUUGUGUAUUCUCAGGGAAAUGUGCAGUAAGGCAAAAAUAGUCUGUAUUUUACAAUGAAGCUGUUUUUUCAUGUAAAUACACUAUAAGUUUCAUAUCUCUGUUCUUACAAAUUGUUUGGGAUUUGGAUAAUAUAUGAGAUAGCAAUUGGGAACUUCAUAAAUUAUAAUUGACUUGUAUGAUUUGCAUAAUCUAAACUUCUAUCAAGCAACAUAGCGAAACUGUUAGAAUUUCUUCUCACCCUCAGUAGUUGAAUGUAUCAUACUUUGAUCAUUUGUAAUCUUCCUUUUAAAAUAUACUCUUGAAAGCAAAAUUGCCACAUUCUGAUGCUGUUUCAGAUUCAAGAUAACAGUGGAUCAGAAAAAUGUUAUGAAACAUUGCUAAAGCAGGAAUUUAAACAUAAUUUACCUGUAAAAAAAAAGCAAAUAGAGUAUCAUCAUAAUAAUUAUUACAGGUAAUGCACAAAAUUCUGUAAUGCUAUCUGUUUGUUUUAUUCUCUUUACUAUUUUUGUUCAACAUAGUCCAUGCCUUGAAAAUGGAUAAUAUUUCUUUUAGUUACUGGACUUUGAAGUCCAAUCCAAAGAUGACAAUCUCUUUAUUGGAAAUGACGGUACAUAGAAUACAAUCUCAUUAACCUGAAUAAUAAAUGUUGGAUUUUAUUGUC